AUGGACAAUACAAACGAUUGUCCUCACAAAGAUGACGAAGACCCGACGCAAAUGAUUUACUCUAAUUUAACAGAACUCUUAAGAAACCAUUUCAAAUGUGAAAUCGCUAACAAUUACAUACAUCAAUCCCUUGUUCAAAAUGGAGAAUGCGAAUGUGAACUUGCAGAUCAAGGUUGGUGUGAAGAUGAAGACUUUCAUAUUCACUAUAUUCGAAAGAAUAUUUCAUUUCUAACUAUUUGUGAUGAAUUCACUGAACUCAUUCCAAGAACUAUCGACGGACAAAAUGAAACAGAUGAAACAGAAUGUGAACAAUGGUCAUGUAAUAACAUUUAUACUCGUUGUGAUGGUUUAUGGAACUGUCCACGUGGUGAAGACGAAAUCGGUUGUGAUGUAUCUUCAACCUUAAAUUGUUCUUCAGAUCAUCACAAAUGUGUUUCACCUGACACAAAUCAACUUAUAUGUCUGCCUGUUUCGAAAGCAAAUGCUGGCAAGAUCGAUUGUCUUGGCGCUACUGAUGAGCCAACAUUAUGUCAAACGAAAUAUCAAGUAGAAUUUUACGAAAAUUUUUACUGCAUGAGAGGAAACCAAAAGUUAUGUAUUUCUUCUGCCGAGCUAUGUGAUGGUUACACAUUUUGUGAUCAUGAUAAUGAUGAUGAAAAAUUUUGUGUAAACAAUCGCUCAAAUGAAUUUAUCAGUGACGCUAUUUGUGAUUUGUCUAAUUCUGCUGUUCGUUCUGAUGUCGAACAAUUUUUAUGUCAUGAAACAAAGAACAAGAUAAAGCAACAAAUUAAGUAUUUUUCAUUGGACAGAGUGAGCAAAUCUGAAGAAGAUCAAACUAAGAAUGUGGCAAAACCGGCAUUUUUAACUUCAUCGAUCAUCAAACUAUCUCAUCAGCAUGAACCUCGAUGUCAUCGUGGUUUUGAUUUACGUAUAUGGUUAAACAAUCAGAAAAACUCAACAACAGAUGUAUAUCUUUGCCCACCUAGUUUUUAUGGUGAUCAAUGUCAAUAUCAAAAUCAACGAGUAAGUUUGACUAUUAAAUUUCGAGCAUUAUCAGAUUCUUGGUCCACCUUAUUUGCAAUAAUUAUUUCACUUAUUGAUGACAGUGAUGAAAGAAUUAUUCACUCAUAUGAACAAUUCACUUAUUUGUCGAUAAGAGAUUGUGAGACGAAAUUUAAUAUUUAUUUGCUUUAUUCAAAUCGACCAAAAAAUCAAACAAAACAUUAUGCAAUACAUGUUGAUAUCUAUGAAAAAGUUUCAUUAUCCCAUCGAGGAAGUUUAUUAUUUCCAAUAAUAUUUUCAUUUUUACCUGUUUAUCGUGUGGCAUAUAAAGUUGAUAUUCCUCGAAAUAAUGAAAACAUUAAAAGUUGUUCGAACUCUGCAUGUAUUCAGGGAAAAUGUAUCAUGUAUUUAAAUAAGUGA